UUCUCUAUCUCUAAUUUCUCUCUCUCUCUCUAAACCAGACGAAGCUUUCAGAGCCAAACCCUAGCCCGCCUCUGUGGCCGACUUUUUAUCUUCCUUCCUCGACUCUGCCUGGAUAAGCUCCCGCGAAUCGAUAACUCUUCACGACCGCCUUAUUCGUUGUGAAGCCCUAGCUCGUGCUGAUUUUCUGUGCAGGUGAUGUUUCUGUUUGGCUAGUUUUGCAUGUCGAGCAACCUUGCCUCGCAACAGUUGCCAAUAAAUACCAAGCACGCGAAUUGGUCAGCUGGAACCCCUUUUGAACAAGAUGGACUCAUCAAUAUCAGAAAUGCAAAUGGGAGUGGUUGGUUCUGUAGGAUAUAUAUCUGGCCAUCCUGUAUCGCAGCAGUUUCCUGCACCAAACAAUCAAACGUCACUAAUCUCUGAUAAUCGCUUAUCGCAAGGAUUUCCAUCUUCAGAGAUGCAAAUGGGGCAGAUGGAAGGCAAGGGUAAUGAUAGCUUGCAACCACAGCAGUUCUUGAUGUCCCAGACUCAAAUAGGACAGAUUGGAUCCAUGCUAAACAAUGUGGAGCAAAUGUCGGCACCAUUUAAGCGCAAGACACCUAUGGAACCUAUUUCACAGAACCAUGAAAAUAUGUCAAUGCUACAAAAGCGGGUAGCAGAAAUGCAACAUAGACCAUGGUUGCAGCAAAUGUCUGCACCAAAUAAGAGAAACGUGCAGUUGGAAUCUAUGCUAAAUUCUCCUGGUUCACAAAAUUCCCCAACGCCUAAUAAGAAAAUGGUAAAGGCAGAUUCCUUUUCUAAUAAAUCUGGUUCACAGCGGAUGUCAAGUCAAAAAAAUCAGACUGCAAGAGUACAACCACCCGCUAAGGCUUCAUCAGAAUCAUCUGAAUCUGUGAGGUCCAAGAUGAGGGAACAGUUAACUGCUGCAUUUUCUUUGGUUACUCAGCAAGAAAAUAAACCUUCAGAUAUGCAAAAUCCUGGUCAAGCUGUAAACUGCUCAGGAACUGAGGAGAAUAAUGAACCUGCUGGAUCAAUUGCAGCUGAUGCUGUUGACCGCGCAGCUAAAGUAUCUAACAAUUUUGCUAGAAAUUUUUCUACUCAGGAAAAUCACGGUGGGGAAGGUGAAUCUCGAAAGAUUUUGGGUGAUGCAAGAACUGGUGGCUCAACACUGUCCUCAAUGUGUGAUGGCAGAGAAUUUCAUUCAAGUAAUGUUUUGUCAUAUGAAGAUGUGCCAUUCAGUGAGAACUUCUUUGUUAAAGAUGAGCUUUUGCAGGGAAAUGGGCUAUCUUGGGUAUUGGAUCCUGACUUAGAUAUGGCUGAGAAAAAGGAAAGUCAAAAUGCUGGAGAACCAAAGUCGGAUCAUGAAGAAGUGGGUGGAGAUAGGGUGGAACAAGCAUAUCAAUCUCCACAAAAUUUGGCGUUUGAAAUUGAAUUAGAAUUAUUCAAAUUGUUUGGGGGUGUGAAUAAGAAGUACAAAGAGAAGGGGAGGUCUCUUCUGUUCAACUUAAAAGACCGCAAUAAUCCAGAGUUGAUAGAGCGAGUUAUGGCAGGUGAAAUUUCACCUGAACGACUUUGUUCCAUGACUGCAGAGGACCUUGCUUCCAAGGAGCUUUCUCAAUGGCGGAUGGCAAAGGCAGAAGAGCUUGCUCAGAUGGUAGUUUUGCCAGAUUCGGAUGUUGAUAUUAGACGUUUGGUGAAAAAAACGCACAAGGGUGAGUUUCAUGUUGAGGUUGAACAAGAUGAUAGCAAUCCUGUGGAUAUUUCUGGUGGUUCAAGUUCACUUGCUCACAGUGAGCCAAAAAAUAAAGAGAUGGAAAUCCCUAAUUCAAAACCUGUCGUAAAGAAAGACAAAGUAAAUGCUCAGGGUGAGAAUAGUAAUCUAGAAGGCCAUAGGACUUCAUGCCCCCUUAUGCUUCAUCCAAAUGAAGAAUCUGAUUUAAUGCAUGGGCUCAUUGUCGAUGAUGGAUUUAAGUAUGUGGAAUUUCUUCCUCCAAUUGUCUCCCUGGAUGAAUUCAUGGAAUCACUUGAUUCAGAGCCACCGUUUGAGAUUUUACCCUUGGAUUCUGAGAGAAUGACACCUGUCUCAGGCAAGGAUGACUCUGAGGUUGGCUCUGGGACCAAGUCUUCAAAUCCAACUUCGAAAGAUGUAGUGGAUGCUUCCUCCGAAAAACACGACAAUGUUGAUGUGACACAUACCAAAAUAGAUGCUGAUGUGAAGUCUGAUGACAGUCCUGUUGAUGCAAAAUUGGAUGAUGGUUCUACUGAUGCGAAAUCUAGAGAUAAUCAUGUUGGCGUCCAACCGAAUGACAGUCCUCUAAAAACAGAAACAACUCUAGCUCUGUCUGGCACACCCAUGGGUGAACAUGUAUGGGGAGGCUCACUUCAAUUGAAUAUCUCUAGCACAGCCAAUUUUGUUUGCAUCUUCAAAAGUGGUGAGAAAACCUCUGCCAACGAGUGGCCUGGUUUUAUUGAAAUCAAGGGAAGAGUCAGACUCGAAGCAUUCGAGAAGUUCCUGCAAGAGCUUCCCCUAUCCCGUAGCCGUGCUGUCAUGGUAGUGCAUUUCGUUCUCAAGGAGUCCUCUGAAACCGAGCGCGCAGCUCUUCAAGAGGUGUCAGAAUCCUAUAUUCUGGAUGAGAGAGUGGGUUUUGCCGAGCCUGCUUCCGGUGUUGAACUUUAUUUUUGCCCCCCACAUAAUAAGACACUUGAAACGCUCGGCAAGAUCGUCCACGAAGAGCACAUUGAAGCACUAAACGCAAUUGAUAAUGGUCUAAUUGGUGUUAUUGUAUGGAGAAAAUUAAGUUCAAUAUCUCCCAAAUCAUCAUCUCACCACAAACACGCCUUAAAAAAGCAACAUUUCACAUCUAGGAGACAACAGGAAUCACCUUUGAAUUCUAAUUUUGCACCUAAAUCGGCCGCACCUCGGGGCCUAGCUCCUGCGAACUCUAGACCUUCACAUGAUGAUGAUGAGGAUGAUAUUCCUCCUGGGUUUGGCCCACCUGUUGCCCGGGAUGAGGAUGACCUUCCUGAAUUUAAUUUUUCUGGUGGAUCAAAUCCACCAGUGUCUCAUUUUUCUUCGCAAAAACACACUAGGGGCUCGGGAGUGGCUUCAUUUUGUGCACCUCAAACUUCUCGUCCUGUUGAGCAAGUGAGAGAGCUUAUUCAUAAAUACGGGCAAAAUAAUGUCUCCCCGAUUCCAGGAAACUGGAAGGAGGACAAAGGACUUAGUGGGGCUGUGGCUAGGCCCUGGAAUGAGGACGAUGACGAUAUUCCAGAAUGGCAGCCGCAAGCACCCUCGCAGCAAGCGCAUAAUUUUCAGCAACAGAUGCUGCUUGUAAACCAUCCGCAUUUAGUGUCUCAGCAGCAAGCACAUCAGGCAAUGCUGCCAUUGCAACCUCCUAUUAUAAAUGCAACAAAGGGCUCAGAAAAUCCGGCUGUAUGGCGGCAGCAGCAGCAGGGAACUUGGUGGGUUCCUUCAGCUGAGGCGACCGGCCUCCGGCCGAGUAGUGUAGGCUCUCAUCCUGAUGUAGGACAAUUUUAUGGGGCACCUGGCCGUGGGGCGGUUGGUCAACCGGGCUUGUCAUGGCAACAAAAUGUUCCCAAAAGUAGAGGAUUUUGAUUUUUUUUUUUUUUUUUUAUAAAUUUUUCUGCGUUGUAAACAUGUCUAGUCGUGUACCCAUUGUAAACAUGUCUAGUCGUGCACCGAUGACAAAUCAAGUAUUAAUGCCGUGUUUAGCUUUGUAGGCCCUGCUCUAGAAAGGAACAUAUUACUUAUUGUAGAGAUACUGUUGGUAGUAGAAAAAGUUGCAAUAACGUUA